UUCGUUACAAUGAUGUGAUGUCUAUGUUUUACUUGAGAGGUCGGAUAUUUAAUGUAAGAUUCGAUCUGAAUCGUUUUCGUUUGUCUGUGUCUUCAGCAAAGAUGAAUCGACGAUGGUCGAAAACAUUGCUGAGAAGAUAUCUAUGUUGAUUCGUACAAGGAAAACAAGAAGCAAUGAGAGGACUGAUGGGCACAUGGAAGACAAGCAGCUUCUUGUUUCUGCCCGCAUAAAGCUUGUUUACGAAGUAGAGCUUCUGAGGUUCGGGAAGGGUUAGGUUGUCUUGGUGUUAUAUCUGGUUAGGGGAAAGUGUAAAUCAUUUUUCAUGUAUCACUAAGUUUAGUAUAUGACUAAACUUUAGUAAUAUGUGGCGGGGAAUGUUUUAUUCUAUUUUUGGAGUGGGUUUGAUGGUGUAUAGGAGAAUUAUUAUUUUUUUAUUUGUUUGAGUGAAUAAUACACAAUUUUUUUUUUCAAGAUUGGCUUCUGAUGUGGUUCCAUAUGCCUAACAGAUUUGUAGAUGACAUCUUAAGUUCCUAACAUGACUAACAUGCAAAAACAGAGAAAGAAGAUCUGAUCUCACUGACACUUUCUGUCUAAAGAAAGACCAACAAUGGGUACUGUUUCUGUCUCUGCCUGAUAAUCUUUGUUGUCUGAUUUAUAUGCUUUUAUUAAUUGAUAUCUUAUAUUCUUGGUUUGUUUUACCAACAAGUCAUCUUGUAGAUCCAUGUAAAUCUGAUAUACACAAGUCCUGUCUCUCUGUUCUCUUUAAGAAAUAAUGUUGUAUUGGUCUUGUUUCAUUGCAAAAUUGUUGGACUCUCCAUUGUUGGAGAGACCAGAUAAGGAUCCAUUGAUUUGUGAUGAGCUACAUAUAUUGAAUGCAGAUAAGAGCGAGGGAUGUUGUUCUGUACAGCUUAUAGACGGAGAUGGUAUAUACAAUGUCUCUGGCAUCGACCAUUUCAUAAAAGAGGUGAAACUAGGAGAGUGUGGCCUCUCUUAUGCUGUUGUCUCCAUCAUGGGUCCUCAAAGCAGCGGUAUGCAUUCUUUUAGGGGAGGAGAGAGUUCUGCAAUAUUCAGAAUCUUACAGAACAUUUAUUGUUUGACAGGGAAGAGUACAUUAUUGAAUAGUUUGUUUGGAACAAACUUUAUGGAGAUGGAUGCAUUCAAGGGAAGGUCCCAGACCACAAAAGGUAUCUGGCUUGCAAGAUGUGCUGGUAUAGAGCCUUGCACACUUGUAAUGGAUUUGGAGGGCACAGAUGGAAGGGAGAGAGGAGAGGAUGAUACUGCAUUUGAGAAACAAAGUGCUCUUUUCGCUCUUGCUAUCUCGGAUAUCGUCUUGAUCAACAUGUGGUGUCACGAUAUUGGACGUGAACAAGCUGCUAAUAAACCUCUCUUGAAAACUGUCUUUCAGGUUAUGAUGAGACUGUUUAGUCCACGCAAAACAACAAUGCUGUUUGUAAUAAGAGAUAAAACCAGGACGCCAUUGGAGAACUUAGAGCCUGUCUUAAGAGAAGAUAUUCAGAAGAUAUGGGAUUCUGUUCCAAAGCCUGAAGCACACAAAGAAACUCCAAUGAGUGACUUCUUCAAUGUUGAAGUUGUUGCUCUUUCCAGUUAUGAGGAGAAGGAAGAACAGUUUAAAGAGCAGGUUGCUAGUUUGAGACAACGGUUCAUGCAUUCUAUUGCACCGGGUGGUCUUGCUGGAGACAGAAGAGGAGUAAUUCCAGCUUCAGGUUUUGCAUUUAGUGCAGAUCAAAUCUGGAGAGUUAUCAAGGAGAAUAAAGAUCUUGACCUUCCUGCCCACAAGGUCAUGGUAGCUACCGUGCGGUGUGAAGAAAUUGCAAAUGAGAAGUUUUCUCAUUUCAUUUCUAACGAGGACUGGCGCAAACUUGAUGAGGAGGUGCAAGCUGGUCCAGUUUCUAAUUUUGGAAAGAGGCUUACUUCUAUUCUUGGUUCUUGCUUAUCAGAAUAUGAUGGGGAGGCUACAUUCUUUGAUGAAGGUGUCAGAUCUUCAAAGAGACAUCAACUUCAAGAAAAGCUUCUCCAACUAGUGAACCCAGCGUUUCAAGAUGUGUUAGGACACAUAAGAUUUGGGAUGCUUGAAAAGUUCAAGGCUUCCUUUGAUAAAGCUUUGGAGAUUGGUGAAGGCUUUUCUUCAGCUUCCAGUGCUUGGUUCAAGUCUUGCAUGGCUCAAUUCGAUGAAGAGUGUGCAGGUGCCAUCGUUGAACAAGCCGACUGGGACACAGCUAAAGUAAGGGACAAGCUAGUUCGUGACAUAGAGGUUCACAUUUCUUCUAUCAGGACUUCCAAGCUAUCUGAACUUACAAGCCAGUACGAGUCCAAGCUUCAUGGAGCAUUGUCUGAACCAGUGGAAGCUUUGUUGGAAGGAGCGAAUGAUGAAACGUGGAGAACAGUAAAGAAGCUUCAUCGGCGUGAAACUGAAUCUGCUGUGUCUGGAUUCAGUAGUGCAUUAGCCUGUUUUGACAUUGAAGAAGAGAUAAGAGACAAGAUGGUGAAAAGCCUUCAGGAGUAUUCAAGAGGUGUCAUAGAAUCAAAGGCAAAGGAAGAAGCAGGACGCGUUCUGAUGCGUAUGAAAGAAAGGUUUGGUACAAUCUUCAGCCAUGAUUCUGAUUCAAUGCCACGUGUUUGGACCGGGAAAGAAGAUAUUCGAGCUAUUACUAAAGCAGCUAGAUCAGCUUCCUUGAAGUUGCUUUCAGUAAUGGUUGUGAUCAGGUUGGGUGAUGAAACUGAUAACAUAGAGAAGACACUAUCUGUUGCUCUUUUGGAUCCAACAACGUCUAAAAAAAGCAUUACAGCAUCUGAUCCAUUGGCUUCAAGCACUUGGGAUGAGAUUCCAUCAUCAAGAACAUUGAUCACACCGGUCCAGUGUAAAUCUAUCUGGAGACAGUUCAAGACAGAAACCGAGUAUACAGUGACUCAAGCCAUAUCUGCACAGGAAGCGAACAAGCGUGGUAGUAACUGGUUACCCCCUCCAUGGGCAAUUCUUGCAUUGAUCUUACUUGGAUUUAACGAGUUCAUGACUCUUCUAAGAAACCCUCUUUAUCUCGGUCUCUUAUUUGUCGGUUUCCUUCUCUUGAAAGCACUAUGGACACAACUAGAUAUCCCUGGCGAGUUCCGCAAUGGUGUAGUAAGUAGCUUUCUCAUGAAUCAUGGACUAUUGAUAAUGAUACUCAUAUAUGAUGUUACUAACUUAUGGUUUCUUCUUCAGGUUCCAGGGCUCAUAUCGAUAUCAGCAAAGUUUGUUCCCACGGUCAUGAACCUUCUCAAGAACCUUGCUGCGGAAGGUGAAGCUCCUCCCACAGCUAAUCCAGAGAACCGUCGUCCAAGCAACAACACUUCUUCACAUGCUUCCUCGUCAGAAAAUCCAACAGAGCAUAAAAGUGGCUCAAAGACAGAUUAAUCUUCUUACACUCCACAGUUUUUUUCCUUUGGUCAAAUCACUCCAAAGUUUUGAUUUCCAAUACUUGGUGUUUGUUUUUCCUUGUUCACUGACUUACUCAUGAGUUAAAAAACGCUGCGUUUUAGAACCUUUUGUUUUUUUUCUUAGAGCUUUUCUUUAUACACAAAGUGACUUAAAAGCGAUGAGACAUGUUUUGAAUUCGUUGAUGUUUUUCUCUGCAUGUAGAUAAAAUUGAAGGAUUAUAAAUCUAUUUACGAUCUCAAUAACUAAUUUCUUGUAAGUUGAAUCAUGGGAAGAGAUGGCAACCCCAUGAAAAGAGAGGAGAAAUUAAUCUUUACAUUAACUGCUUAGUGGUGAAAAUUUAUUUUUGCUGAGUGAUGAAGUUUUGUAACUAUGUUUUUACAAGAUUGAAUACAUUUUCAGAAUCCAACUCAUGGAUUGGUCAUCGGUGUGUGUAUUUGUUACCAUCAUUUCUUUGCAUAUCCACCGCCAACAACUCUGUAAAAUACAGUAUAUCAAGUUACCAAAGUUUAAAGUAUAUAUGAAUUUAAACUUAAGUAGUUCAGAUAAUAGUACUAUUAAUAUUUAUCUAACUAAGCCAAUUUUCAAAAAAAAAUAUAUUUAUCUAAUAAAAAUUGACCAAAAGCCUUUGUGGGGCUACUGGGUGUUUUAUGUAUAGGUGUGACUGUUUUGAAGACAGAAAUCUCAUGUGACACAUGUAUGGCUAUCGUAUGCGAUGUGACAUUUACAAUUGAUACUCGUACAAGGUGAUUUUUGGAAUCUUAUUCAACAACAAAAGAAAAAUAAUGUUUUUGGAAUUGUAAUGCUUUUUUAGACGUUUCUGAUCAUGUCGUACACGGUGAUUUGUAUCCCUCUUAACGUUUUGUUUUUUUGAAGGUGAAAAUGAUUAAUGGAUACACUUUGAAUCUAUCAAGUCUUGAUCCAACAGCUAUCAGACCUCCUAUUUUCGUAUCGCCAUUAAUGAUAUAGACAAGCUGUACAACUCUCCUUUUUUGUAUUCUUCAAGGAGAACACCGGUUAAGAAAUUACUGGUCAACAAAUACAUCGGGCUAAUGAAGAUUUAUUGAUUUUGGCAUUUUGAGGAGAUUUCUUGAAACAAUGAAGAAAACAAGUACAAGUGUGACGUAUCAUAAAAAAAAAAAUGUAUGACGUAUCAUUAGUUAUGGCAACAACAUGAAGAAUAUCCGUGUCAAAUGAUUUGAGGUACGGUUCUGCAUUUAGAAACUUGGGACCGCAUGCCUCACACGUAUAGUCUAUUCUCUAUAAACUUGGGACCGCAUGGCUCACGUGGAGUUUAAUUCCACGUAACAGUUAGGCCAUACGCAUUAGAAGUUUAAAGGAAAGUAUCACACGUUUUACGAGGAAAAAAAUAUAUUAAAAAAAGCAAAAGCGGUGAACUCGGUUCGUCUCGCCUCUCCUGCGUGAUACCUUCUCUCUUAAAGUUCAUCACUGUAGCGCGGGCCCCACAACACGUGGCGGCCCGCGAUUGAUCAAUUUUUUUUUUUUAAAUCGAAAAAAAAAAUUUAAUAAUAAAAAAUUAA